AUGUGUGUGAUGCUUUUGAAACCAUUCCGCUCCGGUACCAAGAGCCCAUUCCACCCAUUCCGCCCCGGUACCAAGAGCCCAUUCCACCCAUUCCGCCCCGGUACCAAGAGCCCAUUCCACCCAUUCCGCCCCGGUACCAAGAGCCCAUUCCACCCAUUCCGCCCCGGUACCAAGAGCCCAUUCCACCCAUUCCGCCCCGGUACCAAGAGCCCAUUCCACCCAUUCCGCCCCGGUACCAAGAGCCCAUUCCACCCAUUCCGCCCCGGUACCAAGAGCCCAUUCCACCCAUUCCGCCCCGGUACCAAGAGCCCAUUCCACCCAUUCCGCCCCGGUACCAAGAGCCCAUUCCACCCAUUCCGCUCCGGUCAUUACCAAGAGCCCAUUCCACCCAUUCCGCCCAGGUACCAAGAGCCCAUUCCACCCAUUCCGCUCCGGUCAUUACCAAGAGCCCAUUCCACCCAUUCCGCCCAGGUACCAAGAGCCCAUUCCACCCAUUCCGCCCCGGUACCAAGAGCCCAUUCCACCCAUUCCGCCCAGGUACCAAGAGCCCAUUCCACCCAUUCCGCCCCGGUACCAAGAGCCCAUUCCACCCAUUCCGCCCAGGUACCAAGAGCCCAUUCCACCCAUUCCGCCCCGGUACCAAGAGCCCAUUCCACCCAUUCCGCCCCGGUACCAAGAGCCCAUUCCACCCAUUCCGCCCAGGUACCAAGAGCCCAUUCCACCCAUUCCGCCCCGGUACCAAGAGCCCAUUCCACCCAUUCCGCUCCGGUCAUUACCAAGAGCCCAUUCCACCCAUUCCGCCCAGGUACCAAGAGCCCAUUCCACCCAUUCCGCCCCGGUACCAAGAGCCCAUUCCACCCAUUCCGCCCCGGUACCAAGAGCCCAUUCCACCCAUUCCGCCCAGGUACCAAGAGCCCAUUCCACCCAUUCCGCCCCGGUACCAAGAGCCCAUUCCACCCAUUCCGCCCCGGUACCAAGAGCCCAUUCCACCCAUUCCGCCCCGGUACCAAGAGCCCAUUCCACCCAUUCCGCCCCGGUACCAAGAGCCCAUUACACCCAUUCCGCUCCGGUCAUUACCAAGAGCCCAUUCCACCCAUUCCGCCCCGGUACCAAGAGCCCAUUCCACCCAUUCCGCUCCGGUCAUUACCAAGAGCCCAUUACACCCAUUCCACCCGGUACCAAGAGCCCAUUCCACCCAUUCCGCCCAGGUACCAAGAGCCCAUUCCACCCAUUCCGCCCCGGUACCAAGAGCCCAUUCCACCCAUUUCGCCCCGGUACCAAGAGCCCAUUCCACCCAUUCCGCCCAGGUACCAAGAGCCCAUUCCACCCAUUCCGCCCCGGUACCAAGAGCCCAUUCCACCCAUUCCACCCCGGUACCAAGAGCCCAUUCCACCCAUUCCGCCCAGGUACCAAGAGCCCAUUCCACCCAUUCCGCCCCGGUACCAAGAGCCCAUUCCACCCAUUCCGCCCAGGUACCAAGAGCCCAUUCCACCCAUUCCGCCCCGGUACCAAGAGCCCAUUCCACCCAUUCCGCCCCGGUACCAAGAGCCCAUUCCACCCAUUCCGCCCCGGUACCAAGAGCCCAUUCCACCCAUUCCGCCCCGGUACCAAGAGCCCAUUCUAUCCAGUUAA